AAUAUUUGUUUAUAUAAAAUUUCAACUAUACUAUUAAUAAAAAAUAAAUUUAACAACAAUUUUUAAGGACAACACACUUGUCAAAUUAUAUUUUGUUAUCAACAUCAAGUUGGUGACAAUUGAUAAUUAUGACAAUCACUUGGAGAGUAUCAAACUUAAUAUACAGACACUGCUUAAACAAAUCAAUGUCAACAAUGUCAAAUCCAUUGGCAGCUGUUUGUCAAAUGACAUCAAUUGGUGAUAAAGAAAAAAAUUAUCAAGUUGUUAAAUCACUUGUUGAAGAAGCCAAAAAUAGAAAAGCAUGUAUUUCAUUUUUUCCUGAAGCAUGUGAUUACCUAGCUGAUAAUAAAGCUGACAUUGUAGCUAAAAGUGAGCCUUUAAAUGGUCCAACAGUAUCAAAAUAUAAAAGUCUAGCAAUUGACAAUGACAUGUGGCUUUCCCUUGGUGGACUUCAUGAAAAAAAUUCUACAACACCAGAAAAAGUAUUCAACACUCAUAUACUAAUAAACAAUAAAGGAGAAAUUGUUUCUGAGUACAGAAAAAUUCAUUUAUUUGACAUGGACAACAAAGACACUGGUGUCAGGCUUAUGGAAUCAGACUAUGUUACACCUGGAAGAGAAAUAACAGCUCCAGCAUCAUCACCAAUUGGAAAAAUUGGUCUCAGCAUUUGUUAUGACAUGCGUUUUGCUGAAUUGUCAUUAACAUUAAAAAAAAAUGGAGCUGAAGUAUUGACAUUCCCAUCAGCAUUUACUUAUCAAACUGGUGCUGCACAUUGGGAGACACUUUUAAAAGCAAGAGCCAUUGAAACACAGUGUUAUGUUGUUGCUGCUGCUCAAACUGGCACCCAUAAUAAAAAACGUGUCAGUUGGGGUCAUGCAAUGAUUGUGGAUCCAUGGGGUGCAAUUGUGGCACAAUGUGGAGAAAAAAUUGGUAUUGCAGUUGCAGAAAUUGAUAUUAAUUAUUUAAAUAAAAUUAGAACUAAUAUGCCAUGUGAUAAUCAUCGUAGAAAUGAUUUAUAUCCAAUGAUGAAAACAUAA